AUGAAGAACAAAACCACUGUCAACUACUUUGUUCUCUUGGGGAUUUCCAAUAAUCCAUACGCCCAGGUUUUCCUCUUCCUGGUCUUCUUAGUUAUCUAUCUGCAAACCCUGCUAGGGAAUGUGGUGAUCAUGCUGGCAAUAAGGAAUGAUUCUCACCUUCAAACCCCCAUGUACUUUUUCCUGUUCCACUUGUCCUUCCUGGACCUCUGUUAUUCCUCAGUCACCGUCCCAAACAUGCUGCAAAACAUCCUAACAGGAAAGAAAACAAUUUCCCUCCCUGGCUGCAUUACACAGAUGAGCUUCAUUCUUCUGAUGGGCUGCACCGAAGCUUUCAUACUCUCGGCAAUGGCUUAUGACCGAUACGUUGCCGUAUGUGCCCCGCUGCAUUAUGUGAGGAUCAUGGAUAAGCGAUUGUGUGGACAAUUGGUGGGUGGCGCAUGGUUAAUUAGUGCAUUCUUUUCCCUGGUAAACACCACUCCUGUGUUAUUUCUACACUUCUGUGGGACCAACAAAAUCAAUGGUUUAAGCUGUGAGCUCCCAUCCCUUUUAGCACUGUCCUGCACGGAGACCAUGGUCAGCCAAAUGGUGUUUCUCGUAUCAGUUCUACUUCUAGCUUUUCUCUCAUUCUCCAUCACCUUGGUCUCCUAUAUCUACAUUAUCUUCACUAUCCUGAAGAUACAGUCCACAGCUGGUAGACAUAAAGCUUUCUCCACCUGCAGCUCGCACAUAACAGUGAUGGUUUUGUAUUAUGGAGCUGUGUUGUUCCGUUAUUUGAGGUCCAGCUCAGUUCCUUCGGUGUCUCUAGACAGACUGUUCUCCAUCCAGUACAGCGUCUUAACCCCCAUGUUAAAUCCUAUCAUCUACAGCCUGAAUAACAGAGAAGUGAAAAGAGCUCUGAGGAAAAUACUGGGGAAAAUGCAAGGCAAGCACAUUUCAUAA